CGUACUGAGAGCCGAGCUGCACUUUGGAUCAUGAAGGAAGUGGCGGAUCUCGGUGAGCGUGCGAGGGGAAUGAAGAGGUGAGGGAGCCGGGAAAAACGGAAAGUCGCGCUGAAUGUAACGCUGAAGCUCAGCGUGUUGAAUGAAAGUGAGCGUUGUGUCUCGGUGCGAGUCUCCAGCGGCAGCUCUCUCCUCUAAUCUCAGCGAGAAUGACUGCUCCUUCACCUCACUCUGCCCAGAGAACAUGGACGGAGAAGUGAGGAACACGGCGCGGUUCUGAGAGAUGCCAGCGAGGAGUUUGUGUCAACACUUUGGUGGAAUGAGCCGAACUGUACUAGCACCGCUGGUUCCCCUCAGGAUUAUGUGUCUUCUGUGUGAAGCCUUCUGCUGCUAUUGAAGCCCAUUUGUGCCCGGUCUGGUAUGUUGGUGUCACCUGGACCUCCUCUGCUGCUGCUCUGUACCCUCCUCACCCUCACACGGUGCUCAGAGCUGAAGGUGCGAGUCCGCUUGGCUGAUGGACACAUCACCGAAGAGGUGCUGGAAGCGGACAGCGAGCAGGACUCCAUCACUUUGGAGUUCAAGCAGGCUGAUGGGACGCUCAUAACCUUUGUGGCUGACUUUAAGCAGGAUGUGAAGAUAUUCCGGGCAUUAAUCUUGGGUGAACUGGAAAGAGGACAGAGUCAAUACCAGGCACUGUGCUUCAUCACUCGCCUUAACCACAAUGAGAUCAUCCCCAGCGAGUCCAUGGCCAGACUCCGACAGAAAAACCCACACACCAUCCGGGCAGCGGAGGAAAAGAGGGCGAUGGAGACGGUGAGCAUGAACGUGGCUGUGAACUUGACGCGGGCGUGGCAGCUGAGCACCCACCUCUACAACACGUGCAGCAUGGCCCACGAAGCUGUGUACACGCGUGAGGCUGAUGUGCGCCAUUGGCUGGACACAGGUGUGGAGGGCUCCAUGUUUGAGAUCCUGCCGCAGGGUGUGGAGGUUCCUGACCUGCAGAGCUGCCGCUCAGUGAAGGAUCUGUGGCAGCCGUGCUCCUGCAGCUACAGCCUGAGACUGGAGUGGUACCCCUGCCUGCUCAAAUACUGUCGUAACCGGGACGCCACGGGCCGCGGCACUCCCUACAAGUGCGGCAUUAAAAGUUGCAGCAAAGGCUACAACUUCACCUACUAUACCCCUCACAAACACCUCUGCCUGUGGGAAGAAGAGACCUAGCAUGGUGGGCUCUAUAUCUACAGCCAGGACAAUGCUUAUAUUAACAUUUCUUUCCAUGAAACCCUCUUAUUUAUGAUCAGGCCUCUGGAUUUCAGUUUAGCCCUUGGCCGUUUGAGUUGGGACCGCUGAGAUUACAUGUGGCUCCUACAGUCAAAUGCCUUCAGCUCGAGAUAAGAUGAGCAGCUUUGUCUCUGUGCAAACAGUGUGUCCCUCCAGGACAGUUGUAUUUUUCUGGAAAUCUUUAGACUGGGAACUAUUAAUUAGCUCUUCGAGUCACAUUAGAACUGACUGGGCAUCUACAGAGCCGACACAAACUGUUCUGUAGACCCAAACAGACUGGGUUGAGAUGGCUGUGAAUCAGUUAAUAAUAUUGCAACAAGCUAGGAUCUGCCGAUUAGCUGGAUCAUGUUCAGUCAGGUUGCCAAGCUAUUCCUUUUCUGCACCUGGUGUUAUUUAUUGUUUUGCUGUGGGAAAUUACUGAAGAAACAAAAGCACAUGUUUGGAAAGAAAUCUGUUUCUUAUUUUUGUUGGAAUAUUUUAUUGCCUUGUGUCAUUUGUAAUCAGAUGACACCUGAGAGGGGGCUCUCCCAUUUUGUGGAUGUUAUGGUUGGGGUGUUUUUUUUUUUCCCAGGUUUUGAGAUUUUUGUUGCUAAUGUUUUUGGUGCCAGAUGAAAUUCUACAUUAUUAUGUCUGGAUCUGAUCAGUUUCUGUCCAUCACUCGGAAUGAGGUAAGGGAAUUUGUCAGCAUAGUCACAGAUGGUAUGUGUCCAUCUAUGCAGAUCUUUGGGCCUUUUGAUAAGUUGUUAGGGGCAUUUCAUCAGUAUUUUGCCUUUGUAGUUUAUAUCUAAGCAGCACAGUUUAAGGAUUUUUUUCCUUCAGGGAUGUAAGCGUCUGUUUUAAGCCUUAUCCAAAACCAAAAUAAUGCCUGCAGCGCUGUGUAUUUAGUAAAACAAUAUGGCAAUAUUACUGCAACAGUUGGAAGUCUUUAUCAAAUUUCACCCAACAGUGCCACCUUCUGGUUACACAGAAAAACACUGCUAAGGCUCAGACUCUGUACAGUUUAAAGGGCCCGUGUCCUACAUCUUGUAUUUUAUAUUUUUGCCCUGAAUUCACUAAGAACGUUUGUUUUAUGUGCCAAAAAGAGUUCUUAUUAAUUUUUUUUACGUGAGAAUUUCCCCAACCUCUCUUUAUCAUAACAAAUUAAUCAUGAUCGUUUUCAUACUGUGCCUUUAAGACUGAUAUGUAAGUGAAUCUGUUCUGAUUGACUGCCCCGUUUUGUGCCUCCAAGCUGUAACACUUUCUAUAACUUGAGUGUAAACGAGAGUAUAAACUGCUGUAGGCUGAACAGGUGGUUAUAUGUAAAUAAGUCCGAUUUUGUGACCUCACAAACACACUGAUUCAGAAUGGGUUGUUUAUGCAGGUUAGUUUCCAUAAAUGGACUGUAAAGACUAAGACGUGAAGAGAACAUUUUAAAACUUUAAGUGUUUACACUAUUAACCCUAUAAAAUCUGUGUUUUUUUUCCAUGAUGUGGGCCCUUCAGCUGAAAACUGCCAAUCAGAACUAAUGAAAUUAAUCUACUGUACCUUAUAAUGUACGAUGAACAGUCUGUAGCACCUUUUUGAGAUCUCUCAAGCUUAAAAGGUUGACGUUAUCAAGCAGGACCAAAUUUACAACACGCUUAUUAUUGAGAGCAGGAGCUUUGCAUUUCCUUCCCAGGAGUUUGUCAGUUCUUCACAACUUGACUCAUAUUACCGUCGGAAUAGUUGUCCGUGGUACUAAAAACGUCUGAAUCACUUUAAACUGUCACACAAAAUGAGAAAGCUGACUGCCCAGCUGAGUUUAACUGACCUUAAAAGAUUUCAAGUGCCUUAAUGCUUCAGUGUUUUACUGAUUCUUUUAUGGAUAAACAUAAAAUAAAGAAAUAAAGUGUCAAUUAUUUUUCUAUGAAAAUGUUGGAUACAAAUAUGAAUGUGAAGUAAUAAUUUGAAAUAAAAUGUAUAUUCCAUAAAUGGCAAA